AUGUUGGUGGCCAGAGACGAAUUCCAAAGCAGCUGUUGCUGUACUGAAUAUCCCCAGGAUUCCAUACCUUUGGACCUCAGCGCUUCUUCACAAAAUAAUCAGAAUGCCCAGACUUGUGAAAUCGUAGUAAGUGAUGGCGCAAAGUUCACCUUAGAUUGUCAUGCCCUUUCAAGGCACAGUGGUUAUUUCCGUUGGUUAUUUAAAGAUUCCUAUCCCAAUAAUCGGUCACCGAUUACCUUAGACAAUAUUAACCGGACUGAAUUCCAGAGAAUUUUAGAUUAUAUUAACACGGGUAGCAUUGACCUUGAUAUGGUAAACAUAGAAAAUGUUUUACAAACUUGUCAGUACCUUUUACUAACACAGCUAACUGGAUAUUGCGAACAGUUCCUCCUCACCAAAUUAGACACACACUGGCUACAGAUUUUAGGGUUAACUGGUGAGUUUUGCUUGCUUCUUGUUGGACCAGCGCUGCUCGAUUUCCUAAUGAAAAAAUUCGAAACUAUUAGCAAAGAUGUCGACAGGUUUAACCGAAUCCCUUUUGAAGUUCUUUUUUCAUUGGCCCAGAGCCCCCAACUAAAAGUUCCCUCUGAAUUCUUUCUUUUUAAACAGAUUGUGAAAUGGAUAAAUUAUGAUUUUGAGGCACGAGCUGAUUGCUUUGACCAUUUUAUGACGGUGGUACGACUUCCAGUAAUGUCACGAGACGAACUCGAAGAAGUAGCAAUGCAUUUCAAUCCCUGCGUUUAUACACCAGCACUGCACAUGUUACAUUUUUUGCUGAAUAACUCUCAACAGACAUGA